AUGAGAUCAUUACUAUAUGCCUCAGGGUAUAUACUAAUAACGGCACUAUUACUUGAACUUGGCUCCGACGCUGCCCCUACUGGAUGUCGCGGAUGUAAAGGAAACUGUAGCGCUACGUACACAAUCAGUAACACCACUCUGUAUAAUGUAAACGAAACCGAGUUACUGUUCACAAAUGACAACCAAACACUGUAAGUUUGAAAAAGUUAUUAUGAAAAGGAUAACUUGAUUAUAGCAACCUCGAACAGGAAUGAUUCCUGUAUAUUACUAUUGUAAUAAAUAAAACUGCAAAAAACAUAAAUUAGACAAUAUGAUAUACUUCUUCAGAAAUCCAAAAGUUAACAACCAAAUUCGUUUCAGAGUACAACUGAUUGACCAAGACACCAAUCGACCCAAGAGAGAGUCAUCUGUCGAGAAAAGGCCAUGUGGUACUCGCAAAUUUCAAGUGGAACUGGUACUCAUACCCGUUUCAAUAUUCAUGAUUCCCAUAGCACUAUGUUGUCUACUCUUCUGUGUCUGCUUCUGCGGGCCCAAAGAAACAAGAGGUAACAUAAUAUCGAGUCAUUUGAAAGAAAUUACUCCUUAAUUCAGUGUUGUUAUGUUAUCCUUUACAUAAAAUAGUCCUUUUCUUCAUGGUUCUUUUUGGUGCUCUAUACUCACACAAAACUGGUUAUUACAAUAAAAUUUUUAGGCAAACUUCCGGAGAAAAUGUGGGGCAUAAAGCUGGCUUCUCAGAAUCAGAAACGAGUACGACAUGAUACUGAGGACGAACUCGACUACGGCGACGGUUACGUACAAAGAAAAGACAGCAAGAAGACCAGGUUUGCGACCAACGUGCUGGUCAUCGAACGGCGCCGAGAAAGUGCUAUAACUAUUGGAUCUAGCUCACCUAAACCAAAGCAGGCUGACGAUAAAAAGAUCACCCGAUUCAAUCAAAAAGUAGAUGUCAUCGAGGAAGACGAGAUCCAAACGACAAGACUCUAG